AUGUCGAGAAUGGAGGCAACUGAAGAGAUGAGUCCUCGCUGGUUGAGGCCAAUGCUGCAAGCCUCGUACUUUGUGCCAUGUUUAUCUCAUGGAGUCUCCACAAGAAUCGAGUGCAACAUGUUCUGUCUCGAUUGUCUGGGAGACGCUUUCUGCUCUCACUGCUUGGUUCACCACAAGGAUCACCAAGUUCUCCAGAUAAGGAGAUCCUCGUACCAUAAUGUGGUGAGGGUGAUUGAGAUCCAGAAGCUCAUCGACAUCUCUUGUGUUCAGACAUACAUUAUCAACAGUGCUAGAGUUGUGUUUCUGAAUGCAAGGCCGCAAGCGAGGCUGGGAAAAGGAGUUACCAAUACUUGUGAGGUUUGUUGCAGAAGCCUUCUUGACAAUUUCAGGUUCUGUUCUCUUGGUUGCAAGCUUGGAGGAAUAGAGAGGGGUGAUCCCCGGCUCACAUUCACUCCCAGGCUGAAGCAUGAUUGGGAGGAAAUGCAUGGCUAUGAAUCAGACGAGUUUUCGGGUCCAAGCAAAAUGCGCAAUGAACGUGAUUCCGAUCAGUUCAUGGAAGCUCGUCCGUAUUCCGCUGAUUUUCGUCGUGUCUAUGGCGGUGGUUAUGAGUAUGGAAAUGCUCAAGAGCACAAUGUUCCGUGCAGUUCUUCUGGUACCCCUCAUACCUCGAAUCAUCAGGAUCCCGUGGAACCUCCACGUAAACGCCAUCGAAGGAAGGGCAUUCCUCACCGUGCUGCAGUUUAAUCACUAUAUGCUCAGAAAUGCACAAAUGUAUUGUCAUAAAGUAGUGAUACAGAGUGCAAGAUGUGAUAGCUAUGGUGAAGUUGGUAGAUGGUAAACGGUAUAAUGGUCCAGUGAUUAGUUUGGGAACAGUUUAGAGUAUCUUGUGUAAAUGACAGACAAGGAGUCUUUGGCUCUCUGCUCUGCGUCGCAGAGGCCAGAACAGUAGUCUUUUUAUUAUGCGUGUUCUUUGGAUAUUAAAGCGGGCCUAAUGAUUUUUUUUUUUUUUUAAAUCGAAUGAAAUUUUCCUUUUCAGUCUUCGCUUGUAAAGGAAAAUUCAAAUGAAUCGGAUCAGGCAUAUUCGAUUCUUAUAAAGUCGGCUGUAUUGGGUGUAUCAAAUCUGAUUUCUUAAAAAAAUCAGUAUAUUCAAUUUCGAUUUUGAAAUUUUAUUAA